CACUGGCUCUGCGCUGCCGCGGCAACCAGCGCAUCCCGGCGCCUCCUCUGCGGCAGUCGCGCCUCGCGCAGUGCCGCAGCGCACGCCCGAGUGGCCGAUCGCUGCUUGCCGCGGCCGGCGCCGCCCUCGCGGGCUGUGGCUGCCCUGCGUGGCUGCGGGCGCCUCGGUGCCCCUGUGCUCCGAGUCGGUGCACCGUACGGCAUGGGAUAAGACGCAACCAUGGUGCGCCGAGAUCGCCUCCGCAGGAUGAGGGAGUGGUGGGUGCAGGUGGGGCUGCUGGCGGUGCCCCUGCUUGCAGCCUAUCUCCAUAUCCCACCUCCCCAGCUCUCCCCUGCUCUUCACUCCUGGAAGUCAUCGGGCAAAUUUUUCACCUAUAAGGGCCUGCGCAUCUUUUACCAAGACUCCGUGGGUGUGGUUGGAAGUCCAGAGAUAGUCGUGCUGUUACAUGGCUUCCCGACAUCCAGCUAUGACUGGUAUAAGAUUUGGGAAGGUCUGACGCUGAGAUUCCAUCGAGUGAUUGCCCUCGACUUCUUAGGCUUUGGCUUUAGCGACAAACCGAGACCGCACCACUACUCCAUAUUCGAGCAGGCCAGCAUCGUGGAGGCCCUGCUGCGGCAUCUGGGGCUCCAGAACCGUAGGGUCAACCUUUUGUCUCACGAUUAUGGAGAUAUCGUCGCUCAGGAGCUUCUCUACAGGUUCAAGCAGAAUCGAUCCGGUCGGCUUACCAUAAAGAGUCUCUGCCUGUCAAAUGGAGGUAUAUUUCCUGAGACCCAUCGUCCUCUGCUUCUCCAAAAGCUCCUCAAAGACGGAGGCGUGCUGUCACCCAUCCUCACACGACUGAUGAACUUCUUUGUAUUCUCUCGAGGCCUCACCCCCGUCUUUGGGCCAUACACCCGGCCGUCUGAGAGCGAGCUGUGGGACAUGUGGGCAGGGAUACGCAACAAUGAUGGGAACUUAGUUAUCGACAGUCUCUUACAGUACAUCAACCAGAGGAAGAAGUUCAGAAGACGCUGGGUGGGAGCUCUGGCCUCGGUCACUAUUCCUAUUCAUUUUAUCUACGGGCCCCUGGACCCGGUGAAUCCCUACCCGGAGUUUUUGGAGCUGUACAGGAAAACGCUGCCGCGGUCCACAGUGUCGAUUCUGGAUGACCACAUUAGCCACUACCCACAGCUAGAGGAUCCCAUGGGCUUCUUGAAUGCAUAUAUGGGCUUCAUCAACUCCUUCUGAGCUGGAGAGAGUAGCUUCCCUGUAUUACCUCCCCCGUUCCCUUACCUGUUGUGUAUUCCAUUUAGAAAGAAAUGCCCAAAAGAGGUCCUGGCCACCAAACACUCUUCUCUCACAAAGGUCCACCUGACUCACACUGGUGAACAGCAUACAGUAAAAAGCCAGUAGAAGCUCCGACUAAGGGCGACUGAGUAGUCCACCUCCCGUUCCUCUGACAUCCGAUCAAGUGUAUGGACUUUGUGUUGUUAGGAAGUUCCACUGAGCACUCCUACUCACAGUUGCAGACAGACAGACAUGCUUUUGCACAAAAGUCUUGAUAUUUCUGUGGACUUUGCUGAAAUAUUUAGUAGUGCUCGUGUCUGGCCAAGCCCCAGUUUGAAUCUUACAGUAAAGGACGAGGAGACGGUGCCUGCUCACCUCUCCUUGGAUGGCUUUGAGGGCACUUGCUUUUUCACGUUUUCUAAGCAGCACAGCUUCCAGGGAGAUGAGUCUCCCUUGUCCUAACUUUGAAUUAGUUUCAUCAGUCGUAUCUAAGUAUAGACAUUGUGUCAACAUAGAUUUUUGUUUAAAUGAUGCAGUAUUCUAAGACUUUUGUUUAAUGAUGCAGUAUUCUUAAGACUUUUGUUUAAUGAUGCAGUAUUCUAAGUAUACUUUAAGACUAUGAUUUACUUACACAUAUUAUGUAUAUUGUAGGAGGGUACUAAACCAGCAGACACUUACUCUGGCAGCAUAGUGAACCUUAUUAAACACAGUUAACUUCUGAGUAAGUUGAACUCAAUCCAAACUAUUUACAAAAUUUCUUAAAACUCACAGGACAUUAAAGACCAACAGCAUCUAUGCCAGAGGUUUACUGUUAUUAGCUGGGAAGGCCCAUUUUAACAGCAAAUAAGUCUGACUCGCAUACCUCAGUGCUUUGAAGCAUGUCCCUCCUGCACUAGCGUGGAGGGGAGGGGAGCGUCGUACAGUCCAAGUGACCGUGCUGAGUGGACACUGAUUUCUGAUUGCCUGGCUCCUCCCUGGUUGUCCCAGAGAGGCCUCCUUAUGUAGCUCCUCAAUUCCUGUACUUUACAGACAGGAACGUUCCAGAAACUUUAAGAGCAAAUUCUGA